AUAACCGUACCAGCUUCACCAGCCCAUGGAGAGAACAGCUGAAGAGAGCAUGUGAAAUUGCUAUGAUGAAUAGCAGAAGAGGGGAAGGCUUCUUGCAGCGAGAGACAUCUGAGCAGGCUUCAGGCCAGGAAGCAAACUGAGGAAAAAAUUCUUUGGAUGUAACCAGGCUCCAAAAAAGGCGAAGAAGAAGAUAGAAGGUGGUUCCAAUGUAUUCUCUAUGUUUGAACAAACCCAGAUCCAGGAGUUCAAAGAGGCUUUUACCAUCAUGGAUCAGAACAGGGAUGGCUUUAUUGACAAAGCAGACUUGAGAGACACAUUUGCCGCACUAGGUCGUCUGAAUGUCAAGAAUGAAGAGCUUGAAGACAUGGUGAAGGAGGCGCCAGGUCCUAUUAACUUCACUGUCUUCCUUACUAUGUUUGGGGAAAAGCUGAAAGGCACGGACCCAGAAGAAACCAUUCUGAAUGCUUUUAAGAUUUUCGACCCAGAAGGAAAAGGCCACAUAAAGGCAGACUACAUCAAAAAAAUGCUUAUGACACAGGCAGACCGGUUCAGUCAAGAAGAGAUCAAGCAGAUGUUUGCUGCUUUCCCUCCAGAUGUCUCUGGUAAUCUUGACUAUAAGAACCUCUGUUACGUUAUCACCCAUGGUGAGGAGAAAGACUAAGAGGAAAGAGAUGAGCUUUUCCUGUGGUGAUGCACCAAGUUAUUUCAUAAUGCUUUUGUGUGCAAGACAAAAGGCUAAACAUUCGGUAUGUGAAGCCAUGUGGUCAUCAGAAGAGAACCAAUAAAACAAUUGAAAUUAGAUUAAA